AUGUUUGACUUUGAGUGCGGUGGGGAUUCGCCACUGACCUGCGAUCACAUGUGUUUAUUGACUCCACUUUACUUCGCUCCUUCUCCUCCCCCCGCGGCCCGUCUACCGAUGCUCAAGCCCCGUUGCCGCGGCAACCGCGCCGGAAACCAGUCGCCGUACCCGCUGUGUGACGUCGUGUUCCGAGCGCCCGUUGCUAGGGAGGAGAGUGGGGCUCGCCUCUCCGCUUCCGGCGCGCCGCCGAUGACGCCACGAGGUCCUCCGGGAGAUUCAUGGAUAAAACAACAGCCUUUCAUCUGUGGUGUAGUGGAAGGUUUCUAUGGCAGACCAUGGUCGAUGGAACAACGGAAGGUGCUGUUCAAAUGGAUGCAGAGGUGGGGCCUAAAUGUCUACAUGUAUGGUCCCAAAGAUGAUCUGAAGCACCGACUCUUGUGGAGGGAGACAUACUCUGUGGAAGAGUCGGCCCAGCUCAGUGCCUUGGUGUCUGCUGCCCGGGAAUGCGGAGUUGAGUUUGUGUACGCCAUCUCGCCCGGACAGGACAUCGCCUUCUCCAGCUCCUGUGACCUGGCCUUACUGAAGCAGAAACUGAGGCAGGUCAAGGAGUUUGGGUGCCGGGCCUUCGCCAUCUUGUUCGAUGACAUCGACCACACCAUGUGCCCCGCUGACAAAGAAGUCUUCAGCUCAUUCGCUCACGCGCAGGUGUCGGUGGCCAACGAGAUCUACCGGUACUUGGGGGAGCCUCCCGUCUUCUUGUUCUGCCCGACAGAGUACUGCGUCUCCCUGUGCUACCCGAGUCUCAAAGCCUCCAACUAUCUGAAGGUCAUUGGGGCCGACCUUCACCCUGGGAUCGGGGUCAUCUGGACAGGCAGCACGGUUAUCUCCAAGGAGAUCUCGGUGGAGUCGGUGGCGGACGUGCAGGAGGUGGUGAAGCGGCGGCCGCUGAUAUGGGACAACCUUCACGCCAACGACUAUGCCCAGAGACGCGUCUUCCUGGGGCCCUACAGGGGGCGCCCCGCCAGCCUGGUGUCCAAGCUGCAGGGUGUCUUGCUCAACCCCAACUGCGAGCUGGAGGCCAACUACGUGCCCAUCCACACCCUGGGCACGUGGCACAAGUGCGGAGUGCGGGCAGCAGCCAGCCGGGCAUUGGAUACUGAUGACGGAGCUGAGAGCGACCAAACAUACUGCCCCAAAGAGGCACUAAAAGUUGCACUGGCUGACUGGGUAAAGGAAGUCAACAGACCUUUGAACCCAAGCAGACAGCAGCUAAAGGAGGAACGGGGGCCGAGGCCGGAGAUCGGAUUGUCCGAAGAGGUCGCUCUGAACGGGAAGGUCGAGACGGGGGUCGGGAAGCCUGGUGACCCGCGGACACGGGGGAGCACGUCGAAGGCAGGAGGGACUGCGCCAUUAAGUAACCCUGAGGCAGCUGAGGGCCCUGAGGUUGACGGUAAAAGUCUUCACCCCGCGAUGGUCAGUGGCCAAGAGCCGGAGGGAGCGAGAGGUCCCGGGACCCGGAGAGCUCCAGAUAAAGGAGGGGUGGGGACCAGCCGAGCGAGGAGCGGGAACGCCGGGCCCGGGAAGGCGGCUGAGGAGGAGAUCCGCACGGCGAGGGUGGGAGGAGCAGCCGGACGUAGCCUGAACCUCAGCCCGGCCCACCUGUGCCUGAUGGUGGACCUCUUCCACCUGCCCUACCAGCACGGAGACGGGACGGCCAGCAAGCUCCGCCAGUUCCAGUGGCUCAAGACCAACGCCCACUAUGUGGGCUCCAACACCAAGAUAGACGGGCCGAAGGCGGAGGAGUGGAGAACUCUGGCACACUCGUUCCAGCUGUGGUGCGACGAGAUCGUCCAACUCUACCAGCACUUCAUGAGGAGCCCCAACAGGGCCAUUGUCUACGACCUUUACCCCUACCUCUGGGACAUCAGGAACACGCUCCUUGUGGUCAAGGCCUUUGUGAUGUGGCUGGAUGGACGAAUUGAGAAGAGCACCUAUUCCUUCCACUCCUGGAUGCAGUGCUUCCAAUGGUGCCGUACCAACAGUGCCGGUCACGUGUCGGCUACAGAGGGAGAGCCCUGGAUUUACAGAGGAGGGCUUGUGGGAGAGUUUCAGAUGAUGCUUCCGAUCACAAGCAGCAGCGAACUCUUCAACCAGCCUCCUCCAAUCUUUCCCACAGUGAAAGCAUACAGCGUCAGGCCCUUUGAACAGAGGGACAAGGUAUUUGGUUCAAAGCAGUGCUCUGGAGCACUGGACAGUGAAAAGCUUGUGUUGCGUGCUCACCAGUCAGCGGAAAGAUUACAGAGGGCACUGUAUUCCAUGUGCACAGAGAGUCUCAUCUGUACCUCGAGGGAGAAGGACCAUGAAAACUGCCACCCGGACCUGAUCGGAGACAGGUUUCUGGGCCGCUUCCUGACGUUAAGCCCAGGGUAUUGCUUUGUGCUGGAGGAUGAGCAUGGAGUUUGUGGCUGCGUAUCUGGAGCCCUGGACGUCAAGGCAUUCCUGAAGGGCGCAGAGGUAACCUGGCUUCCUGCAAUGCAGGAGAAAUACUCCAGACCAGCACCUCACAGGAUCCUAACUCCAACUCAGGAACUGACGAUGUAUUUCUACAGGAAGACACCCAGUUUCUCCGACUCGUUGCUCUACCACUUCCCUUCCCUGAUGCAAAUGGAUGUCCAUCCCAAGAUGGCGGAUCCCAGUGAAGCGUGGAACUUAGUUAUCUGUGCACUGUCUGCACUAAAGGCUAACGGUUCCCAGGGCCUGUUCUGCGAGCUCAACACCAGCGACAAGAAGGGGCUGGAGUUCCACCUCCGGCUGGGCUUCCUGGAGCUGCCAGGAGUAGAGCCGUCCACGCCACAGGGGCUGAUCCUCGGCAGGCUGCUGUGACCCCCUGGCGAGAUCACUCCCGGCUUCCCAGUCCAGCCCUGACACCAACUAAAAUGGUCUUUCUCCCCAACCCCCUUCUCUCUCUCCGCUGACUGACUUUAUUUUAGUGUUUAAAAAGGAACUGCAGAUGCUGGAAAAUCGAAGGUACACAAAAAUGCUGGAGGAACUCAGCGGGUGCAGCAGCAUCUACGGAGGGAAUAGGCAACGUGAAGGGCCAAAACCCUUCAUCAGACUUUAUUUUCGUUGUUGGAAGAAGGGUCUGGACCCAAAACGUCACCUGUUCCUUCUCUCCAGAGAUGCUGCCUGGCCCGCUGAGUUACUCCAGCCUUUUGUGUGUCUAGGUUUGCUAGGUAAUUGGCUUCGGUUGUAAAUUGUCCCUACAGGGAUCGCAGAUCGGCAUGGACUUGGAAACAUAGAAACAUAGAAAUUAGGUGCAGGAGUAGGCCAUUCAACCCUUUGAGCCUGCACCGCCAUUCAAUAUGAUCAUGGCUGAUCAUCCAACUCAGUAUCCUGUACCUGCCUUCUCUCCAUAUCCCCUGAUCCCUUUAGCCACAAGGGCCACAUCUAACUCCCUCUUAAAUAUAGCCAAUGAACUGGCCUCAACUACCUUCCACAGAAUUCCACAGAUUCACCACACUCUGUGUGAAAAUAAAUAUUCUCAACUCGGUCCUAAAAGACUUCCUUCCCUCUUAUCCUUAAACUGUGACCCCUUGUUCUGGACUUCCCCAACAUCGGGAACAAUCUUCCUGCAUCUAGCCUGUCCAACCCCUUAAGAAUUUUGUAAGUUUCUAUAAGAUCCCCCCUCAAUCUUCUAAAUUCUAGCGAGUACAAGCCGAGUCUAUCCAGUC